CCGCUCGCACUCAGUCGCGCCGCCGAGCCGGCAUGGGAGCUGCGCGCGUCCUCCCGGCCCCCACACCUGUCUGAGCGGCGCGGCGAGCCGGGGCCCGGGCGGGCGACCCGGCGCGGGUGAGUGAAGACGCCGGCCCGGCGGGGGCCGUGGAACAAAGGGGUGGUGCUCAGCAUGGCGGGGACUCCAGGGCUCCUCCGCCUCCUCCUCGUCCUCCUCUGUGCUGAUGGGCAGGUGAGCCCCUACGGCGCCCACUGGAAACCCACCUGGCCUGCCUACCGCCUCCCCGUGGUGUUACCCCAAUCCACCUUAAACUUGGCCAAGCCACACUUUGGGGCCGAAGCCAAAUUGGAAGUGUCCUCCUCGUGUGGCCCGCAGUGUCAUAAGGGAAGUCCACUGCCCACUUAUGAAGAGGCCAAGCAGUACCUGUCCUAUGAAACCCUCUAUGCCAACGGCAGCCGCACCGAGACACAGGUGGGCAUCUAUGUCCUCAGAAGUGGUGAGGGUGAGUCUUCGGGAAAGUCUCGAAGGAAGCGGCAGAUUUAUGGCUACGACAGCAGAUUCAGCAUUUUUGGGAAGGACUUCCUGCUCAACUACCCGUUCUCAACAUCGGUGAAGUUAUCAACAGGCUGCACCGGCACCCUGGUGGCGGAGAAGCACGUCCUCACGGCUGCCCACUGCAUACACGAUGGGAAAACCUACGUGAAAGGAACCCAGAAACUUCGAGUGGGCUUCCUGAAGCCCAAGUUUAAAGAUGGUGGUCGAGGGGCCAACGACUCGAGCUCAGCCGUGCCCGAGAAGAUGAAAUUUCAGUGGAUCCGGGUGAAGCGCACCCAUGUGCCCAAGGGUUGGAUCAAGGGCAAUGCCAAUGACAUUGGCAUGGAUUAUGACUAUGCCCUCCUGGAACUCAAAAAACCCCACAAAAGAAAGUUCAUGAAGAUUGGGGUAAGCCCUCCCGCCAAGCAGCUGCCAGGGGGCAGAAUCCACUUCUCCGGUUAUGACAAUGACCGACCGGGUAACUUGGUAUACCGCUUCUGUGAUGUCAAAGAUGAGACCUAUGACCUGCUGUACCAGCAGUGUGACGCCCAGCCCGGGGCCAGCGGGUCCGGGGUCUACGUGAGGAUGUGGAAGAGACAGCAGCAGAAGUGGGAGCGAAAAAUUAUUGGCAUCUUUUCCGGGCACCAGUGGGUAGACAUGAACGGUUCUCCACAAGAUUUCAACGUGGCUGUUAGAAUCACCCCUCUCAAAUAUGCCCAGAUUUGCUAUUGGAUUAAAGGAAACUACCUGGAUUGUAGGGAGGGGUGACACGGUGUUCCUUUCUGGCCGCUCUUAAUGGUCUUCUAUUUUAGGAGAGGCCAAAUUUUGUCACUGGGGUGUGUGUGUGUGUGUGUGUGUGUGAGAAAUGUGUUAUAAUAUCUUUCACCUAAUUUUUUUAAAUUGCAAGAUGACUGGCUGUAUUAUUUGAAAACUGGUUUGUGUAUCAUAUAUCAUUUAAGCAGUUUGAAGGCAUACUUUUGCAUAGAAAUAAAAAACAUACUGAUGUUUGGGUCAAUAGGGAAGAUUUAGUGAUUAAGUUAAUCUUUCACCUUUUGAGAACUUUGAUUUUUAUUUCAUCUGAACUUGUUUCCAAAGCUUAUAUUAAAUACAUGGCAUAUGGGAGACAUAAAUUCUUAUGUGUGUGUAUGUGUGUAUUUUCUCCUGAGGUUCAACUUGCUUUGUUUUGUUUUUUUUAGUGCCUAAUCAUUAAUGUUUCCAGAUGGCAGUGUUCCCCACCACAUACAACUCUUAGGAACUUUCACAAUACUUUUUAGACAGGCAGUUAUAAUAUUUUGGAUUUGGGGGCAUUUGCACAGAAGUCCUGGAUCAGUAAAAUAAUUUGUUGAUUAUACUGGUACACAUAUUAAACUGUAUCCUAUAGUAAGUACCCCAAGCAUCUUUCAGUUUUGAAAUAGUUUCUUUUCUGAAGACUGUUGCUGUACUUUCUGGGAAGCCUUUGCAUGUGGCUCUGCCAGCUUUGUAGUCACACCAGAGUAAGCAAGAUUGUUUAUGCCAAUCCUUCCAUUUAACAGGAUUUCACUCACAUUUCUUGAACUAGCUGCUUUCCAGAAGACAAUAAUCAGGGCCUAAUUAGAACAGGCUGUAUUGCUUCCCAGCUAACAGUUGUGGUCACACUAAAAACAAUCAUUGUAUUUUACCCCUGGAGUGUAGAACAUCUCAUGUUUUAUCAUUUGGAUGGAGUAAUUUAAAAUGAAUUAAAUUCCAGAGCACAAUGGACACAUUGCUUGGCAGAUGUCACAACAGAAUAACCACUUGUUUGGAGACUGGCACAGUCAUCCAGCCUAAUCAAAAUUAUUCUGCAUAGUUUUCAGUGUGCUUUCAGGAAGCUGCGGACUUGUGCAAUUUGGAAACUUUUCUCUCUUACUUAUUUUAUAGUAAAAAUAUUUGGAAAAUGCUUUAAGAAAAACCAAUAUGGCUUUUUUUUUUUUUUUACUAGCUUUAAAAGGGCCUCUUUUACUAGAAUUCUCCAGGCUACAGACACCCAUAAUCAAGUACAAGAGUAAAAAAUGAAAAUUGGGAAUGCAAAAUGGAUCAGAAUCACCCCUUCAAUAAAUGUCUUUAUGAAUGUUUUAUCAAUAUGAUCAUCACAGUAUAUAAGGAAAAGAUUUGGACUCAUUUUAUGUUUUUAUUCUAUGCCUCUCAGCCCGAGCACUUCUUUCUAAAUGUAUCAGUAGAGAAAAAAAAGCAAAUCAAUUACAAGGCAGAUAUGUGGUGUGCAUGCACCCCUGACAUUUCCAGCCUGCAUUGUGACUAUUUAUUUGUGAGGACACUGAAAUACAGCACUGAUGCUUAAACCUUCUCCGGGUGACUUUUGGCUUAUGUUCCUCGAGCUUUUCAGAAGAAUAAUUCUGAUAAAGCACUCAAGAAACUACAACCAUAGUGUGUUCCUCAAAUCACAUAAGAAAUACUGUGCAUAGCAGAGAUGCAAGGCCACCAGGAACCUUCGGAUUUCCACUACAAUAUGCUUUGGGAUCUAACAGGAAUCUAGCCUGAGGAAGAAGAGGGGUUUCCAUCUCUAUGUCUGGUAUUUGGGGGUUUUGUUUGUUUUUGCUCUUGCUUGGUGCUAAAGGAAGUUUGCUGGACACCUAGACCAGAACUGAUUUUAAAAAAAUAUAUUGAUAGAUGCUCCUUUUAUGAAGCACAUUGAUUUCUUGAUUUUGAUUUUUUGCAAUGUUGAAACUCAACAAGGGUGGGCAAUGGCACAAAGUCAAAAUAAUACAAUAUUUAGUUCACAAGUAGAUGUGAUUUACUAAGAAUAUUACCCACAGUCUAUAUACAGCAUAAUUCAUAGAAUUGUAAAAGAAGACUAUAUAAUAGUUCAACGUAUCCACCUUUUCAGUGGUAAUAGAAAGAAGCAUCAUAUUGAAAUAUCAUGGAAGUUGAAAUAAAGAAAAGGCUCUUGCAAUAUUAUUAAUAUAAUUAGUGCUUUACAUACAUUAGUUGUACAUUGUAAGGAUAUACUCCUAGUAGGGCUAGUAGAACAAUGUUUCCCAAAGUGUGUGCCUUAAACGCUUAUCCUUCCAGAUUUUCUACCAAAAAUAAAAAUGGCACCAUCAUCAAGGAGGAGGGGGUUGCCUCACAAUAUUCCCUCUCUUUAUUGGGGCUUCACUUGCAUGUUUGCACAUUAAAAGCUCUAAGAAGUCCUGUAAUAAAGAGACAUGUUUUAAAAUCUGCAUUUCAAUAAGCAUCUUUGAUCACGGAAACCUUGUUUUCUCAUAUAAUACCUAUGAGUGAUUUAGUGUUCUAAUGAAUACAUUUUGGGGAUUGCUGUAACAGCCUUUUGGUCUAGAUGGCGCUGCAGAAAGUAUGAGUCCCGAGUGGUGUCAGGUACCGGUGCCUUUUGGGUUCACCAGAACCCCGUAUCCAGAUUUGGAAAUGUUCAGAAGGUGAAACAGGAGAGAAGAAACUUGAAACAUCAUUUGUUGUUGAGAAUCAGAAGGUUGUGGCAGAACUGGGGACACAUAUUUUCCGUAGACUAUUCAAAGUUUUGAAUUUCAGAAAGGAGCUAGUCCAAAAAAAGCAGGGGGAGGGGAAAUAGGGCUAAAAGAGAUACAGAAAUAUGAACUGGCCAGUGGCAGAGUUGUACCUGUGUUCUCUCUUUACCUUUUUUGGACCAGAAAAUGGAUUUUUUUUGUAAAACCUGUUAAGUAAAGCGGAACCCCAAGAU